AUGUCUCCACCGCAACAUAUCUUCGGCGCAGCGCUACUUGUGGCCGUGGCCAUUACCUCGUUGCAGGGGUGUGGUGGUGGUUGGGGCCAGACUUACGAGACCGAAGACGAAGCUGUGCGCACGCUUUGUGGUGGAUCUUCCUGUGAAGCUCAGUGUACCUGCUGUGUGAAUCAGUACUGGGUGCAAGGAGAGAAAUGUGCCCAAGGAGUGGCGCAAGGCUCUUCCGAAAAGGACGUUGCUGGCUGUAGCUACUGCGAAAGAUACGCUGAUGAGGAGUGGGAGCCAGGCAAUUGUUUCACCGAGCGCAACAUGGGUCACUGCAACCAUCAGUACUGGAACAACCAGGAGGCUAAGUGCGAUCCCUUCAAUGCCAGCUGCUGA